AUGAGAAGUUUAUUUCCUCGAAAGCCUGAGUUGAAACUGACCGGUGAUGUAACAGGUAGUCUCAGCGAUGCUUGGCAGUGUAUACUGGUUUCUGUGGUAGUUCCACUUCUAGUCGUAGCAGUUUACUUAUGCGCAGGGAUGUCUAUUAUGGUUUUUGUAGAAAGGGUUUACAUGGCAAUUGUUAUCAUUUGCGUAAAACUGUUGGGGAAGAAAAGAUAUACCAAGUAUAAGUUGGAAGCCAUGAAAGAUGGUCUAGAGCAAAACAAAAGCUGUCCCAUGGUGCUGAUUCAAAUACCCAUGUUUAAUGAAAAGGAGGUUUACAAGCUCUCCAUUGGAACUGCAUGUGGGCUUCACUGGCCAUCAGACCGUCUCAUUGUUCAAGUUCUUGAUGACUCUACCAACGAAGUCCUAAAGGCAUUGGUGGAGUUGGAGUGUCAAAAAUGGCUAGAGAAAGGGGUAAACGUGAAGUACGAGAUGAGGAACAACAGGAACGGGUACAAGGCCGGCGCUCUUCGCGAUGGUCUAAAGAAGCAGUACGUGAAAGAUUGCGAGUUUGUAGCUAUCUUCGAUGCAGAUUUUCAGCCUGAAGAAAAUUUUCUUUGGAGGACCAUUCCUUAUCUUCUUGAGAACCCAGAGUUGGGGUUGGUUCAGGCCAGGUGGAAAUUUGUGAAUGCGGAUGAAUGUCUAAUGACUCGGCUCCAAGAGAUGUCACUAGAUUAUCACUUCAGCGUUGAGCAAGAAGUUGGCUCCUCAACUUGUUCAUUCUUUGGGUUCAAUGGGACUGCUGGUGUUUGGCGGAUUAAAGCAGUGAAUGAUGCUGGUGGAUGGAAAGACCGAACAACAGUAGAAGACAUGGAUCUUGCAGUCAGGGCUAGCCUCAAGGGUUGGAAAUUUGUCUUUGUGGGGGACUUAGCUGUCAAAAAUGAACUCCCAAGCACAUUUAAAGCUUAUCGAUAUCAGCAGCAUCGCUGGUCUUGUGGCCCAGCCAAUCUCUUGAGGAAAAUGACCAAAGAGAUCAUCCUUUCUGAGAGGGUGUCAAUCUGGAAGAAAUUUCAUGUGAUAUAUGCAUUCUUCUUCGUGAGGAAGAUAGUAGCGCAUUGGGUCACUUUUAUAUUUUACUGUAUAAUUGUUCCAGCAAGUGUCUUAGUUCCUGCAGUCCAUCUCCCAAAGGCAAUAGCCAUAUACAUUCCAGCAACCAUCACCAUUUUAAAUGCGCUCUGCACUCCAAGGUCUUUGCAUCUUCUUGUCUUCUGGAUCCUGUUUGAGAAUGUCAUGUCUCUACAUCGAUCUAAGGCGGCGAUUAUAGGACUUCUAGAAGCCAACCGAGUUAAUGAAUGGGUGGUGACCGAGAAGCUAGGGAACACCAUGAAACAGAAGUACAAUGCCAAGGCAUCAAAGAGACCACGAUCAUGCAUUGGAGAAAGGAUCCACAUCACGGAGCUGGUAAUGGGAAUGUUUAUGCUGCAUUGUGCUAUCUAUAACCUCCUCUUUGGGAAAGAUCAUUUCUUCAUAUAUCUAUUCCUGCAAGCAGGGGCUUUCUUCAUAAUAGGACUUGGGUAUGUUGGGACAUCCGUAUCCAACUAGAGCUGUGCACCCCAAAAUUAAUCCAUCAUUAGUAAAUGAGAGUACAACUGGUAUAUGAUCAAGUGUACCUAGUAAAGUAAUAAUCUAUAUGUGCCUAGUAGAGU